CCCGCCCUUACAUAGUACCUACAUACCUGUAGGAGAUAGACAAGGACCCCACCGCGAGAUACCUAGCCUUACAGCUACAUACAUCUACUUUCUUAUACGAGUCUAUUAUUUAUACAUUAUCUGUACAAAACUUCUUAUAACAUUAGGUAGCAAUUCGAAUAUGACACUACUAUAACCAAACCUCUUAUACCUAGGUACAUGGGUUCCAAACCAGCUAACUACCUACGACCUCAUUAAACGGAGCACUUAUAUCAGAAUAGCCCCUCACAACACAGCAACCCUACGCCAUGGCGAACCACCAGCAACAACAAUCCCCCUCCGCCCCCCUCCUAGCCAUCGGCUGCGAAGGUAGCGCGAACAAGCUCGGCAUAGGUAUAAUAUCGCACGACCCGGUCAGCGGGGAGUCGCGCAUCCUAGCCAACAUCCGGGACACCUUCGUGUCGCCGCCGGGGACCGGGUUCCUGCCCAAGGACACGGCGCGGCACCACCGGGCCUUCUUCGCGCGUGUCGCGCGCGCGGCCCUCGCCGCGGCCGGCGUGUCGCGCCCGCGUGAGAAGCUGCGCUGCGUGUGCUACACGCGGGGCCCGGGGAUGGGCGCGCCGCUGCAGUCCGUGGCCGUGGCCGCGCGCACCCUCGCGCUGCUCUGGGACCUGCCGCUCGUGGGCGUGAACCACUGCGUCGGCCACAUCGAGAUGGGGCGCGCGAUCACGGGCGCCUCCGACCCCGUCGUCCUGUACGUGUCCGGCGGCAACACCCAGGUGAUCGCGUACGCGGAGCGGCGGUACCGCAUCUUCGGCGAGACGCUCGACAUCGCCGUCGGCAACUGCCUCGACCGCUUCGCCCGCACCCUGGCCAUCAGCAACGACCCGGCGCCCGGGUACAACAUCGAGCUGCUCGCGCGGAAGUCGUCGGGCCGCGUGCUGCACGACCUGCCCUACGCCGUCAAGGGCAUGGAUUGCAGCUUCAGCGGCAUCCUGACCGCGGCCGAUUCGCUGGCCGCGCAGAUGCGCGAGCAGGACGCGCGCAUCGCCGCGGGCGGGGAGGUCGGGGAAGAGGAGAGGAUUACCCCCGAGGACCUGUGCUACAGUCUCCAGGAGACGAUUUACGCGAUGCUGGUCGAGAUUACGGAGCGCGCCAUGGCGCACGUAGGCACCAACCAGGUGCUUAUCGUGGGUGGCGUAGGAUGCAACGAGCGUCUGCAAGAGAUGAUGGGACAGAUGGCUAAGGAGAGAGGCGGGAGCGUAUAUGCGACUGACGAGCGCUUCUGUAUUGACAACGGCAUCAUGAUCGCUCACGCUGGCCUGCUGGCAUACGAGACGGGCUUCCGUACGCCGCUGGAGGAGAGCACUUGUACGCAACGAUUUAGGACAGAUGAAGUUUAUGUAAAAUGGAGAGAUUAAGAGCAGUCGAUAUCUGCGUCUUACUGUGAUCAUGCUGAUGCCGAACUUCUUUAAAUUUAUUACCAGCGUUGUCUAAAUGGAUUCCGCAUGCCCUGCCUGCGCAGCUAUAACCUUUACAUCAUACGCAUCCUUCUAUGGUUUCAUGACAUCGUGUUAUUCUCAUAACAACCCUUUUUUGGUUUGAAUCAUUGCGC